AUGGCCAGUAAUGAGCUGCGGAAAUUACUAAAGCAAGAACGCCAGAUUCGGAGCAUCAUGGAUGCCAUGAAAGAGUUUCGGCAGAAUUACAACGAAGUUCGCGAUAAAAGUUCAUUGCUAAUUCGAAUUAAAAAACUGGACGACGUGUAUGAGCUGUUUUGUGAAGUGCGCAUGCAAAUCGAAUUGAUUAUUGAGGAUACGGAUGGAAGUGAAGAAUUCGUUGACCCAGAUGAAACUGUGGAUGCUCAAGCCCGCAAAAUGGCGGCAAAUAAGCACAAAAGAGACAUGGACAAUGCGCAGAUUCUGAAAGAAUUCAUCAGUGAAUAUUUUGUGCUAAAGCAAUCAUUGGAAGACUUAUUGUGCCCUUCGAUGUUGAAUCCCGCUGCUGGUCCUGCGCCGUCUAUCAGCCAGCAACAUUCUUCUGUGUCGAUGAUGCGGGUAAAGUUACCAGAAUUGAAGCUGCCUACGUUCAGUGGAACUUUACGUGACUGGAUCACAUUUCGUGAUACAUUCAAGAAUCUUAUCACUGAUAACGCUCAUUUGUCGGAGAUUGACAAACUCACAUACCUCCGAUCAUCUUUGUCUGGAGAGGCUUUGCAAGAAAUUGGAUCGAUUGAACUCACAUCGGAUAACUAUUCGAUAGCAUGGAGCCAGCUUGAAUCGCGGUACGAGAAUAAAAAGCUUUUGGUGAAAUCGCACCUUGAUGCGCUGCUUUCGGUAGACCAAAUGAAAAGGGAAACGUUCGAGUCUCUCAAUCACCUGCUCAACGAGUUUGAAAAACACUUGCAAAUAUUAGGCAAACUUGGAGAGGAAACCGCGAAUUGGAGCACUAUUUUGGCACACAUCCUGGCAAGUAAAUUAGAUGCCGCAACGUUGCGCCUUUGGGAAACCGAACAUCGAUCUCGAGAGGUCCCGACGUACACUAAAAUGCUUCAGUUCCUAAAAAAUCACUGCAUUGUUCUGCAAUCGGUUAUACCAAAGAGUUGUCAUCCAUCCGAUUCUAAAGGGUCACAACGGUCGUUCAGCAGCUAUGCAGGAACACAAGUUGCUUGUCCUUUCUGUAGUGACGAAAAGCACUUUGGUUCACAAUGUAAGAAGUUUAGAUCGAUGAAAGUGGAAGAGAGGAGGAAUGCAGUGAAAAAUAAUCGAUUGUGCUUCAACUGUUUAUCCAGAGGUCAUGGGUCAAAAUCCUGUUCGCGAGGUUCCUGCCGGGUAUGCGGACAACGACACCACACGAUGCUGCACCUAAGCUCAAAUCAGACUGAUAACACAUCUCCUGUUUCACAACCGACGCGACCGCAACCGACUCACGGGAACCCACACACGACACAGACACCAACAACCUCACGACCACAGACCCAAGCACACACUCAAACUCACCAGCAGGUACCUAAUCAAAAUACACAAAACGCACUUUCAAUUCCAAGUUCAAGAACUCAUGCUCAGACGCCACCCACCACAGACACAACCACAAACCACAAUAUUGUCCUCUCUGCUAACGAAACCAAGGCAUCACGAUCGGUAUUACUUGCUACUGCACUCGUGAUACUUGAAGAUCAUUUUGGGAACUCUAUCCUAGCUAGAGCUCUGCUUGAUAGCGGAUCUCAGCUGUGCUUCAUGUCAGAAAACAUCUCUCAACGGCUGAAAUUUAAACGGUCCAAGGAAACGCUUUCUAUCAGUGGAAUUGGACAAACCACGAAGAAAUGCAAGCAAUCUGUCGUGGCUCGCAUUCGUUCCCGUGUAUCCUGCUUUGCUGAGAAGGAAACAUUUUACGUCAUCCCACAAGUAACACAGAAUUUGCCACUCGCAAGAAUAGACACAAAUGAUCUCAAUAUUCCGGCCGAUAUAGCACUUGCAGACCCCCAUUUCUUCGAGCCAGGCUCAAUAGAUUUACUCAUUGGGGCAGAACUCUUCUACGACGUACUUUCGGCUGAUAAAUUUAAGCUAGGAGAUAAUGGUCCUACUCUGCAAAAUAGUGCCUUUGGGUGGAUUGUUUGCGGUCGUGUUUUGAAUUGCACAAGCCAUCAACCAGUUGUUGCCAGCGCGUGUGGUGACCGUUUGGACAACUUGAUAACGAGAUUUUGGGAACUAGAGAUGUGUCGCUCCACUAGCAUCCUUUCAAUAGAAGAAGAAGCCUGCGAGACGUGGUUUGAUCGUACAACUAUCAGAGACACUCGUGGGAGAUUCAUCGUAGCAUUGCCAAAGAAGGAUCACCUUAUAUCUCGCCUCGGAGACUCAAAAAAUACUGCACUCAAACGUUUCCUCGCACUGGAAAGGCGGCUGGCUGGCAACGAUAAAAUUAAACAAAUGUACAUCCAGUUUGUCGAAGAAUACUUGAGCUUGGGCCACAUGAGAGAAGUCACUGAGGAUAUAGAAUCAUCGGCUCAACAGUAUUAUAUACCACAUCACUGUGUACUCAAACCGGAAAGUUCGUCAACAAAAUUGCGGGUUGUUUUCGAUGCGUCGUGCUCUACUACCAGCGGAAUUUCCCUCAAUGAUGCCUUAAUGGUUGGUCCCACAGUUCAAGAUGAUCUGCUCUCGAUCGUCAUGCGCUUUAGGCUCCAUCGAUUUGCUAUAGUCGCGGACAUUGAAAAAAUGUACCGCAUGGUCCAUGUUCAGCAGCGUGAUUGGCAAUUCCAGCGUAUUUUCUGGAGGAGCAAUCCUAACGAGUUCAUUCGCAUCUUUGAGCUUAAAACGGUUACGUAUGGCACAGCAUCUGCCCCAUAUUUGGCGACAAAAUGCUUGAAACGACUGGCAAAGCUCGACGGUGGAACAUUUCCGGAUGCUGCGAAGGUAUUAGCGGAAGAUUUCUAUGUGGAUGAUAUGAUGUCGGGCGUAGACAGCAUCGAGGAAGGUGUGCAGCUGUGCGCUGAGAUACAGAGACUGCUAAGCGGCGGCGGAUUUACGCUCAGAAAAUGGAGCUCGAAUUGCCCCGCAGUCCUCGAGCGUAUACCUAAAGACUACAAGGACGAACGGACUUGCUUUGAAUUAGACGACUCAAGUGCGACAGUGAAAACUCUUGGACUUAUUUGGGAACCGGGAUCGGACUGUUUCAAAUUCAAGGUUCCUGCCUGGAACCAAUCUGAUAUUUCGAAAAUUUUCGUCCAGUCUCUCUGGCAACAGAAAGUCACUUGGGACGAUAUACUCGCUACAAACCUGCAGUCGUUUUGGAUCGAGUUUCGACGUAGCUUAGAUCGCCUAGAAGAUUUAAGAGUUCCGAGAUGGCUAGCGUUCGGCAAGGACUGUCGUUCCAUACAGCAACACGGUUUCUGUGACGCCUCUGAAAAGGCCUACGGGGCAUGUAUUUACUUACGAUGUACACAUUUCGAUGGUAGUGUCACAUCACGCCUGAUUGCUGCAAAAUCAAGAGUGGCGCCGAUAGAGGACGUGAAAAGGCGAAAGAAGAAACUGUCGAUCCCUAGGUUGGAGUUGUCCUCUGCGCUGGUACUUGCUCAUCUACACGAGAAGGUCAUAAAGAGUUUAAAAUUAACAGUGCGAAGGUGGUUUUGGACAGACUCUGAAAUUGUUCGGUACUGGCUAGCAUCGAGUCCAUCACGCUGGCAAAUGUUUGUAGCAAACAGAGUGUCAGAAAUCCAACACUCAACACGUGAAGGGAAGUGGAACCAUGUUCCGGGUACAGAGAAUCCAGCUGAUGUCCUAUCGCGUGGCACUGUUGCAGAACAAUUACUAGAGAAUCAACUUUGGUGGAAUGGACCAUCGUGGCUUGUACAGGAUGAAAGCACAUGGCCAAUGGCAGAUGAUGUACCACUAACAAACUUCGAUACCCGUUUCCUGGAAGAAAACACUGCCAUAUCGGUUGUAGCCAACAUGGCUCCACCGAAUGAAAUUUUCAGUCUGCGAUCGUCUCUCAUGGACUUAGUAAAACUCACUGCUUGGUUACUCAGGUUCAUACAUAAUAGUCGCCAAAAGAACCACAGCGAUAGGCGGCAAGGAGCUCUAAUGUUCGCCGAACGGGAAGCUGCGCUUAUUCAGCUCGUGAAACUUGCUCAGCGGGAGCGUUUUGAUCAGGACAUCAAAGAAUUACUGCGAAAAAAUCAAGUGAAAUCAUCGUCUCGUCUCAAUUCUCUCUGUCCGCGGCUACUGGAUGGAGUAAUUCGUGUCGGCGGCCGGCUCGCGAAUGCACAAAUCUCGUCAGGAAGAAAGCAUCCAAUUAUUCUGGAUAAGGAUCAUCCACUAACUACUCUUGUCAUGCUCCAUUACCACCAUAAAAUGCUUCAUGCUGGCCAACAACUGCUUAUUGCUAGCGUUCGAGAUCGGUUUUGGCCUAUUGGUGUUUGCAGUCUCGCUCGUCAAACUAUUCACCGUUGUGUUACCUGUUUUAGGAACAAGCCAACCGUCCAUGAACAAUUAAUGGCAGACCUGCCUUCAGAGCGUGUUACGCCAGCUCCACCUUUCCUGAGAGUCGGGGUCGAUUAUUGCGGACCGUUUCAGGUUGUGUAUCCAAACCGAAGAGCAGUCCCGGUAAAAUACUAUGCCGCGAUUUUCGUUUGCCUAGUGACCAAAUCGGUUCACAUUGAGACUGCUGCAGAUUUCACGACGGCAGCAUUCUUGGCGGCUUUCAGAAGGUUUGUUGCAAGGCGCGGCAAGCCGUCAGUUGUCAUGUGCGACAACGGUUGUAACUUCGUUGGGGCUAGACGUGAACUAGACGAACUUCGACGAGUGUUUCUCGCUCAGCAGUCGAAGCAGACAAUCGUAUCAGAAGCAGCCGAUGAAGGAAUCGAGUUUAAGUUCAUCCCAGCUAAAUCCCCAAAUUUCGGGGGCCUCUGGGAGGCCGCGGUGAAAUCGAUGAAGCAGCACCUUAGAAGAGCAAUCGGAACGAAAACUCUAACACCAGACGAACUACAGACGGUACUUGUUCAGAUUGAGGCCUGCUUAAACUCAAGGCCUCUCACACCUUUGAGUAACGACCCGGGAGACUUCGAAGCUCUAACGCCAGGGCAUUUUUUAAGUCAACGCCCACUAACCGCAAUUCCAGAACCAUCACUACAGGAAGUUCCCGAGAAUAGGCUAUCUCGGUGGCAACGUACGCAGGAUUUUCUGCAACGAAUAUGGCGAAAAUGGUCUACACAAUAUCUGUCCGACCUCCACAAUCGAACAAAGUGGACGAGACAGCGAAACAACUUGUUCGUCGGCACAAUGGUCCUGGUCAAGGAAGACAAUCUUCCUCCACUUAAAUGGGCUCUAGGUCGAGUAACACAUGUGACUAAAGGCGCUGAUGGAAACAUCCGGGUGGUCACAGUUAAGACCAAAGAUGGCAGUUAUACUAGGGCAAUUAGCAAGAUUUGCGUUUUGCCCAUCCGUGACAACGAUCAAAUUGGUGUAGAAGGGAAGAAUUAA